UUUAUAAUUUCUUUUUUACUUCAGAUAGUGUAAACUCUAAUAUCGGCCCAAUGAUGCCGAUUGGUAUACAGAUGUUCGCUACAAUAACGUCCAAGGAUCAUGCAAGAAAUAUUCAGCAAGAUCUUCAAAAUAUUUACUUUACUGAUGCGUACAGAGAUACAAUACUUCAGUGUACAGACGGUCAUAUGGUCAUCAGUAGACUUCUCACCGGCCUUCUUUUUCCAUUUCUCAAGGAUAACCUGAGUUUCCAGAUGGUAGAGGAGGCCACCUUGAUCCUUCCUGAGCAUAAUAAGCUGGAGAUUGAGAAAUCUAUUUAUCAUCUUCUAGGAAUUAAAUAUUCAGACCAAUCCCAGGAUGUUCCCAUGAUGGGAGAAUGGAAUGAAGAAGCAAUUGAUACAAUCAUAGAAACCCUAGAACCAGAGAAGGUGGGAAGGAUAGGAAAGAUGAAAACAAGAUCAGCUGUUCUACACUCUACACUGACGAAAGAAACUGCUGUCAUUCAUGCAUCUACAGAAGAAGAAAAGGAUUUCUCUGACUCCGUCCUGGUUGUACACGAGGUUGAUACAGACGAUGAUUCCAAGAAGACCCAGAUACAAACACCAGUCGUUCAAUCCUUCAAUAUUCCAGUGCGGAUUCCUUCCGACGAAGUUAUACCGCGAGGAUUUCUGUGUUCUAUUUGCCACACCUUGUUCCCAGCUCAAGAUCUUCUAAUGAAUCACAUCAAGAUUCAUAAUCAGAAAUAUAAAUGUCAAGCUUGCGGAGCAGCAUUCUGUAAGAUGCGUGAGCUGACGGAGCAUAGCAGAUCCCACUCUGGACAUCAGUUAGUCAAAUGUAAAAUAUGUGAUAAGGAUUUUACAGAGAAAGGUUUGCGACUUCAUACAGAGAGGUUCCACAAGGUUGAAUUGGAGGCAAGUAAACCUGUGAAGAAGAGAGAAUUAAGAGAGAUCAAACCUGCUCCGGAGGAGAAGGAGGAGGAGGUGGAUGAUCUAGAGAUGGAGGUGGAGGAGACAGACGACCACCAGGAGGAGCUGGGGAAGGAGGAGGAGGAGGAAGUCCAGGGGAAACAGAACAAAUAUCCUCAAAACAAUGUGUAUUUCAGUUCCUCUGACUCGGAUACUGAAGACCCCAACUCUAUGUCGGACGGGACGGAGAAAGCUCCGAUCAAGGUUCGGAAAAGUGAACUCUGUGAACCCUGUGAUAAAUACUUCACGAAGAAGGGUUUCAAGCUCCAUCAGCAGAAACACCACAGGCAGGGGUCGGAGCGAAGACAGAAAGGAGAACGCAAGUUGAGAGAGGUUAAGGACAAGGAAGGGAAGGUGGUGAAGGAGAAGGAGGGGAAGAAGUCUGCUCUAAAGAAGAUGUUCAGCUGUAUGUACUGUCACAAAAAGUUUUCCCAUAUGGCGAGUAUGAAGGUUCAUGAGAAAGUACAUCUUGGCGGAAAACCGCAUCACUGCGACAUGUGCGACGCAAAGUUCUCAAAUAAGUUCGACCUGUUUGCGCAUGAGAAGGAGCACAGCGCUCACCGACCGCACAAAUGUGACAUGUGCGCACAAACCUUUAAAACACCUGAAUCCUUACGCUUCCAUAAACUGAUCCACGAGGAAAGUUUACCAACUGUUUGUAGAUUUUGCUCCAAAAAGUUUAAGAAUAAGAGUCAGCUGGAUGUUCAUGAGAAUAUACAUACCGGAGAGAAAACCCAUUCCUGCUCACAAUGUAGUCAAUGCUUUGAAACUGCAACAAAACUAACACGACAUAUAACUGCAAACCAUCUUAAAGAGAAGGUUGUUAUCACUUCCAGUAGUUAAGAUUAGAUCUGAUUUAAAACAUCUUUUCUUAUCACAUUCUUUAUUUAAACAAUUGUAGUAUAUACUUUAAACAGAAAGAGAUUUCGGUGUUAUUUCCUCAGCGGGUUUAUACUAAUAUUAGCUGUCACGCUUAAUGGAAUCAUUGUUCGUGUUUCAUCUAAAAAAUGUCUGUUUUUGUUGUAUAUUUUAUUCUGAUAAUACGCUUUUACUGACGCUACGCGCCAUCUUUCCUAUUAACAAUUUUAGCGUUUAAUUUUUGCUCUGAAAGUCACCAUUUUCCAAUAGUUUUUAAAAUUUUCUAAAUAAAACGGCGCAUUUUCAGAAAUAAUUAACCUCGACAUUUUUUCCGGGCAUUUAGAGGACGGUCAAAAAAACCUUCCUUGGGGUCAUGAAAGUUGCCAUAAAUAUUGCGAGUCCAAUCGUUUCAGCCGUUUUUGACGUUUUAUUUGGGAUACAGGCAAACAAACAGACAAUCCUUAUAUAUAUACAAUAUACAUAAAAUGAUUUCUUUCAUCUCAUUAUUCCUAAAGCUUUACUUCUAUUUUUUUUUAUAAAUAUUCUGCAAGUACAAAAUCUCUUAACUGAAGAUUAAACCGUGAAAACUAAAACAGUGAACCAAAAACCUCAAAAGUCUGAAAAGGCAAACGAAAUCAAUUGCCCAACACUAACCAUGGGAAAGGGCCUGUUGACGUAUUUUCACGUGACCUUCCAUUAGGAGUUCCAUUCGCGAUUCACAGCGGUACCUUUUUUAUUUUUAUUUUCGGAACAUUGGAGAUGUCGUCGUUUUUCUAUCUUGAAAAGAGAUAAGUUGUGCAAAUCCUCAAGUAAUGUUUAAAGAGAACCUCUAGAUAAAAACUAUUAAUUUUAGAUUAAAUAGGAUGUGUUCAAUCAGUUUUAGUCAGGGUUUGAAGGUACCGUUGUGCAUCGGGCACAUUUUACUUUUAAAAGUGUCCCUGGAAAUUGCGUCGACAUUACCUUUAAGAAAUCGGCAAUAUUUCGUGAUUAUAAAGCAUGUAACUAUUUAUUAUUUUAUGAACUGGAGAAUUCAUGUAUCGUUGAACUAAUUGUAAUUUUUUCACUUGCUAAUGUAGAAUAUAGAAUAGGUUUUUAAAUUCAA